GUGUUUGCUUCUUCAAUGGCAUAUUUAGAACCACAUUUUAAUCCUAAUAAGAUGAAACAUGGUGCUCCGGGAGAUCAAAUUUGCCAUGCGGGUGACCUGGAAAACAUAGUUGCUAAUGCAGAUGGAGUUGCAGAAGCAACAAUUGUCGACAAUCAGAUACCACUGAUUGGCCCCAAUCCAGUAGUUGGAAGAGCCUUGGUGGUUCAUGAGCUUGAGGAUGACCUUGGAAAAGGUGGGAAGGAACUCAGCUUGAGCACUGGAAAUGCUGGUGGAAGAUUGGCAUGUGGUAUGAAGAAUUUUAUGAACAAUAGUAGUUCUAUCCUUUUCAAAUACAUCAAUCAAUCCAUUCCAUCUGAUUAUAUAUUGUUUGAUGCACUUUGAGCUUUGUUGUUGAAAGAUGAAGGAUUCUCAAUAUCUGUGAUU